AGCUGCUGAAUUUUUACUAGGCAACCGUUGGUACACGUUUUUAUGGCAGUUCGAAUUCGAGGCAAUAACGAUCACUUGCAAAAAAAGGUCGAAACAGAACCAUGUUCCGAGGCAACACGCGUGCUCUUCUUCUCGGGGCGGAGAUCGCGUCCGCCGAACUGCGCAAGCUUCUUCCGCUGCUGCCUCUGAAAUCGCAUGGCUCCACCUCCUCUUCCUUUUCUGUGGCUGCGCUGAUUACCUCUACCGCGUUCGCAAACACUAUGAAUCACUCGUCGGUGUCGCACUCGCGCGAUUGCCCCGUCUUGGCACAAGCGUUGCCACUCUCACGCAUCGGCAGCGAGCCCAGCUUCACAUCGCGCCCAUGUGUCAACUGCGUACGGAAGCGUGUGCAUUACCUCGCAUCUGUGGUGUUUUGCGACGAUUUUGAGCAGAGGUGCUCCGCCGGUGACGCCCGUCACCAGAGCGUAAGCCGCAAAGAAGCAAACAAGGUAACCACUACCACACCGAGGGUGCUCGAACGCGGGGUGGCGGCGAGCUUCGGGUCGUUGUCUGCUCUACAGCAAAGUGUACAGCAACUCUCCAACGCGGCGAUGUCCCCUGGGCGACUCUGGAUUGUGUAUGGCUCUUCCACUGUAGCUCAAUCGGGCGGAAAUAUCGACGUGUUGAGCCUUCCAGGCUGCAAGGUACCGCUUGCUCACGGUCUCUGGCCUCUUGCAGUGGUGAACCUGUCCGAAGAGCGUCUCUGCGACGAGCUGGAGCGGCACGUCAAGAGUGGUGGAGACCGCAUAGCUGUCGACGCUGAGGCCCAGCCACCGGCGUGGAGUCACGCCGCGCGUACGCCAGGGGCCGCCGCAGCGAUGUCGGUCGAUGUGGGACGGGGAGUUCACGACGGAGCAUUCGAACAUAUCAAUCUUUCUGACCUACUAGCGGCCAUCGCAAGACGAGCGUUGGACAACAUGAACUGGGGUUUUGUGGAGGAGCAGCUGGCGUCUGCACAGGCGUACUACAACUCCGCCGAACGUGCCAACACCAGGCAAGAGCACCGCAAGGGAAAAGAGCAGCUUGCUGCGAUGCGGGCGAUGAGUCGCUUGAAGGACAGCGGCGCAGUGAUCCACGCAGCCGACUCAGUAACAAUUUCAUCUUCGCACCCCGUCGGCCCUGCAGCGGAGACUGCGAAAGAGUCCGUCCUUCUUUCCACCACUGCACAAGCAGCUUCAACGACGGCAGCAGUCAACGCAGAGACGAGCAUGUCAGCUGCACAGGACGCAUCAGGAGCUGCUGGGGCCGCUUCCAGUGCAGCUGCGUCGGCAGUUGAGGGAGAGUCCGCGGGCGAGAAGUCGUCCUCUGGUGGUGAGUUUUCUUCUGAUGCUGCUGCGGCUGAACCUCGACCCGUACUGAAGCCAGAUGGGACUUGGGAGUACCAUUACGACAACGGCGACGUGACGAAAGUGCGCAAGGACGGAACAAAGAUCUUCCAAACCAAAGGCCUGACCACUACAGUGUAUGGAAAUGGUGACACGCUCUUUGAAUACCCUAAUAGCACCUCCAUUAUGGACCGUGCUGAUGGGGUGCGCAUUACGAAGUACGCAGACGGAACGACAAGGGAGGAGAGACUAAAAUAA